AUGGAUAUCGGUUGCUUCACGGCGGCGCAGCGCCUCUCGUGCCACAACAUGAAUGCGGAUUUAAUGAAGAAGCCCGCCGCCGAAGGAGCCCAGCAAGCCGGGGCUCCGGUGGCCAAAGCCGGCCGCGCUAAAUCAGAGCCUGGUAAACCGGAGCUUGCGCAGGUGGUAACCGACGCCAAGACUGGUCGCUCGUACAGUAAAGGAAAGCUUUUGGGAAAGGGUGGCUUUGCCCGAUGCUACGAAAUGACAGACCUGUCGAGCAACAAAAUGUUCGCCGUCAAGGUGAUUCCACAGAGCAGGGUGUCCAAACCGCACCAGAGGGAGAAGAUCACCAAUGAGAUCGAACUGCAUAAAACACUGUCGCACAAGCACGUGGUGAAGUUCUCUCAUUAUUUCGAGGACCAGGAUAAUAUCUACAUAUUCCUCGAGCUCUGCAGUCGCAAGUCGCUGGCCCACAUUUGGAAGGCAAGACACACGCUGACAGAGCCUGAAGUGCGAUAUUACCUCAGACAGAUCAUAUCUGGUCUCAAGUAUCUACACAGUAAAGGCAUCCUGCACAGAGAUCUCAAACUAGGCAACUUCUUUGUGAAUGAAAACAUGGAGCUGCGACUGGGAGACUUUGGCCUUGCCGCCAAGCUGGAGACUGUCGAGCAGAGAAAAAAGACCAUUUGCGGAACCCCCAACUACUUGGCACCCGAGGUGCUCAACAGACAAGGUCACGGCACAGAGUCGGAUGUUUGGUCCCUUGGAUGUGUUAUGUACACGCUGAUGUGCGGCAACCCUCCUUUUGAGACACUUGACCUGAAAGAGACUUACAAAUGCAUCAAGGAAGUUCGCUACAACCUGCCUUCUGGGCUCUCGCCCGCCGCGCAGAAACUCAUUUCAAGCAUCCUACAAAAAAGCCCCAGCGACAGACUCACCCUGGAUCAAAUCCUUAACCACGAAUUUUUCACCAAAGGUUUCACACCCGACAAACUUCCCCCCAACAGCUGUGUCACUGUGCCUGAGCUCCACCCACCUAGCCCAGCCAAGAAAUUCUUCACCAAAAUGGCCAAGAGCUUCUUCGGCAAGAAGAAAGCCAAAGUGGAGAAGGCGCCUUGUGAGGAGAAAGAGGACAAAGAUAUUUCCAAGCUGGUGUCUGGAAUCGUCAAGUGCUCCAUCAACCGCCAGAUCAGCUACAAAACGGUCGGCCCUAAUGAGGUACCCUCCCCCACUGGUCAGCUAGUGAGCUCAGUUCCGCUGGAGCAGACCCCCGCUGAGGAGGAAUCCAGGAAGUCUAUCUCGCGCUCCUUCAAGGGCACUAUGGCCAGCAGCUCUGAACCAUGCGAGGAUGUCGUCACACCGUCCGCUGUGGCUGAAUCGGCCAUGAAAGUUCUCAAUGGCUGCUUGGCCAACAUGCCUGCAGCCACUAGAAACCCACCGUGCCUGGCUAGGCCCCAGUCCUUCCUGUGGGUCACCAAAUGGGUGGACUACUCCAAUAAAUACGGUUUUGGCUACCAACUGUCAGACCAAAGCAUCGGCGUGCUCUUCAACGAGGGAACGCACCUCAGCCUGUGUGAUCAACGCAAGACGGUCCACUACUGCUUGACCAACAACAAGCACUUUAGCUUCCCUGCCAGUUCUCUACCUGAGCAGCUUCGGAGCCAGAAACAAAUUGUGGAGCUCAUGGCAAACUACAUGGAACAAAAUCUCAUGGAGGGUGGUGAUAUUCACUGUCAUGAACAAGUUCCUGGGCCUCCUCCUCUCCUGCUUCAGUGGGUGAAGACCGACCAUGCGCUUGUCAUGCUGUUCAACAAUGGAACCCUCCAGGUGAACUUCUACACAGACCACACGAAGAUCAUCCUAUCAAAGUCUGUCGACUCGUACCUACUGACCUACAUCAGCCGUGAGCGUGUGUCCUACACGUACCUCCUGAGCACACUGAACGAGACUGGCUGCACAGCGGAGCUGCGUCACCGCCUCAGAUACGUGCUCCACCUUCUCCAGCACCAUGCUGACGCUUGA